AGCUCUCUUGCCAUCAAGGUUCUCCUUCUCAGCUCGACAUCCCUCUCACCGCUCCUAUCCAACUCGUUUAUUAGCUCUCAGGCCCCCGGCUCACUCAUCAUGCAGGUCAAGCUUGCUCUUGUCGCGGCUCUUGCCGCCUCCGUCUCUGCCGCAGUGACGCCGACGCCGAGAUUCGGUUGUGCUACCGAGGAGCCGUCCGCCGAGCACUUUGAAAUCUCCAAGAAGCUUGCCGAGAACGAGGCCGCCAACGCCGGUAACUUCAGCCUCCUGGCCACCAUCACCGUCCCUACCUAUUUCCACAUCGUGGCCUCCUCCCAGACGGUGGCUAAUGGAUACAUCACUGACAAGAUGGUGUCGGACCAAUUGGCCGUGAUGAACUCCAACUUUGCGCCCCACGGCAUCCAGUUCAACCUCGUCGAGACGACCCGUACCAUUAACUCCGCCUGGGCCGGCUACAGCAGCCAGACGGCCAUGAAGACGGCUCUCCGCAAGGGUGACUACGGCAGUCUGAACUUGUACUUCCUGAGAAGUGUCGGUGGUGCCUUUGGAAUCUGCACGUUCCCUACCAACGCCUCCCCCGGCUCCUCUGCUUUCAUUGCCGACGGCUGCACCAUCCUGUCGUCCACGGUUCCCGGCGGAAGCAGCACCAACUACAACCUCGGAAAGACCGCCACCCACGAGAUUGGUCACUGGUUCGGUCUGUACCACACCUUCCAGGGAGGUUGCAACGGUGGAGACUCCGUUGCGGAUACCCCUGCACAGGCGAGCGCUUCUUCCGGAUGCCCGGUCGGCCGCGACUCUUGCCCCAGCAUCACCGGCCUUGACCCCAUCCACAAUUACAUGGACUACUCCUAUGACUCUUGCUACGAGGAGUUCACCUCUGGCCAGCAGACGCGCAUGCUGAGCUUCUGGAACAACUACCGCGCCUAA